AUGAAGCUCUUCUGCGUGUUAGGCGAGCUCCUCACACUUUGUGUGUUGAUUUGUGGCCUUGAUGAUUUGUCUAUAACCUGUACUGAUCAAUGGCUACGGGUCUCACUCAGGCGGAGGCCUCUAGUGAACGACCUGCUACCUCAGCAGAAUGAACUCUUCCUCGGAACUGGCUGCCCUGUGACCCUCGUCGAGCCAGAGGCCUUUCUGUUCCUUUAUCUUGUAACUUUCUGUGGCAUCAGAGUUAAUGAACAGGCCGUGGGUGUCCUCAUUGAAAGUUCAAUCACAUACGCAUCAGUGCAUUUAGAAUACAAUAUCUACAUCCCAAUAUCAUGCUAUAUUCAAAGAAACUUUCCAAUAUACUUGGUGAUGAGAAAUAGAGAGAAUAGACGUACUGGUGUUGCGUACAAAAGGUCAGUGGGAGAGACGUUUUCUUUAUCUUCUGAAGUUGAGGACUUGGGAAUCCAUCCAGAGGUGCCGAAUGGGAACAAUUUUCCUUGGUCGUACCACUUAAGUUUGAUCCCUAUUGUAGGAAUUAAGUCAAAGAUUCUGGAUCCUGAAGCCACCUGA